CCUUUGCGCCCUGUGUUUUGUUUACAUCAAUCACAAAUUAUUUAUUUUACUGGUUAAAAAAAAAGCAUUAUUACUAGAAUUUUUCUACUUUAGGCUAUAAAACUCUAAAAUGCCUUAUGUGAAUCACUUUUUGUGUUUCAAAAUACAAAUCUCUAUUGUUAAGGAAUUCUGUUAUUGUUUAGUAGGAUGCACAUAAAACAUGGAUCCAUUAUACAAAGUAUUUAUUUUCUGCUUUUUCACUGUGCUGUUCCCCAUGACUUGUGGCAACAUAGACAUUAAAAAUAUAUCUAUAAACUUAAGCCAGCAUGUAACGUUUCUAAAAGAUGUGGAAUUAGGGAAACAAUUUGUUGAGACGAAAUUUCAUCAAACCCUAAAAACCACUGCACCAUCAUCUACAACAUUAUCUAAUCAUUUAGAUUUCAUGGUACAAAAACUGGCUCAAAAAAUAGCACAUAUUUUUUCUGCUGUUGACAAUGCCACACAAUUGUUAGACAAUCAAGAUAAGGUACCUUCAGUCUUGCUGCCUUGUACAAAAGGGAACACUAAACCAGAGUCAAUACCUACCAGUAAUGGUAGCCUAAAUAAUAGCAUCCCUGUUAUUAGAUCAAACUAUGUCUUAGAUGAAAUGAAAAGAUAUUUAGAUCAGUACAAGCCAUUGGGAUUUGCCUUGAAGCAACAUUAUUUUGUAUCUGAAUCAGAUAUAAGAAAUAUAGAUGGUUCUAAGUUCUUCCAAUGUAAUGGCCGGGACCCGCUUUCUUUAUGGAAAAAUUAUAUGAGAUAUCAACAAUAUCAGAGAAAAAAUGUAGUUUUGGUUUUAGAUCAUGGAGGAUCUUUAAGUAAACAACAUCUGCAGAUUGCAAAGUCAGUAGCAAAAGAAAUAUUAGGAUGCCUUACAAAUGAUGAUAGAGUAGCAUUAAUUGCUGUAGCCUCUGACUGGUCAGCUCCAGAAAAGGAAUGUGCAGAUUCCCAUUCAGAGUUGUUGAAAGAAGCCAAACCCUCACAUUUAUUACAUUUAAAUAUGUUCAUAGAUUCUCUUGUGAGAGGAAGUGGGCCGACGAAUCAUGUUAUUGGGAUUAAAAAGGCAUUGCAGUUAUUAUCAGAUGACAAAGUUGAAGAAGGAGAUUCUGUUAUAGUUGUAUAUAUUAGUAGGGGAUUGUUAUCUUCUUUAACUGAGGCAAAAAGUGUCUUAAAAGUGAUAAAUGAACAAACUAAGAAUAUUACCUUUCCAGUUUUGCUUAACACAUGUGCAGUCAUUGAUGAGUUGAAACCAGUAAUGUAUGAAACUCAUUUUUUACGUGAUAUAGCAGAACAGAACUUUACCCGAUAUAAUAUUUCAUAUGAUUAUAAUCCAUUUAGAAAACCUGGCUACAUGAUGACUGUUAAUAAGACUGAAGAUAUAGGAUUUGUAGUAAAUAGGUUUUUUAGCAUUUUUAACCCUAACAGUGUAUUUAAGACCAGUAAGAAUAUUUCAUUACCUCACUGGGAUCCCCAUGCUGAAGAUUUAACUGUAUCCUUUACAAGUGGCUGGACCUCGAAGGCUACCCAAAGAUUCGCUCUUUUGGGAGUAGAUGUAUAUUUUUCAAACUUAGUGGAAGAUAUAACUUAUUACAGCAGCAAUCAGCUUCAUUCAUAUGCAUUUUUAAUCGAUUUAGAAGGUCGAGUACUCGUGCAUCCUUCAAUUCUACGACCUUCAGCAGUUACCCAUCAGUUGUUGUUUGUUGAUCUUAGUUAUACAGAAACUGUAAAAAAUGUCGAGCUUCUUAAAAAACGGCUGCUUUCGGAACGCAAUGGAACGUUUAUUACCACAAGUACAACAGAUGAUCAGCUGGAAUACAGAUGGUCAAGAGUAGGGCAAUGGUACGUUAUAUGCAUUGUCUUUAAUCAAAGCUAUGGGAUGUUUAAUGAGCCUUUUAAAGCUUCUCCAAGUCAGUCAUUGAGACGGCUUCUAUUUCAAAAAUUGGACGGUUCUGAAAAUCAGAAAUUUUGCCGCCACCUUUCUCAAAUUGCCACUUUAGAUGUUUCAUCACUGUACUUGAGCAGUUCAUGUUUCCAAUCACCAUUCUCUGCAUCAGGAAUUUCUCAAGACGGAUUUGUUGAACAAGGUUAUUUGGCUUACCUUAAAGAUGUUACAGGUCUACUAAUCAAUCCCGGAUUGAAAAAAGGAGUCAAGGAAGAAGUGUUUGCAUUAAGUCACAUAUUAGAUUUUUUGAAGAAAAAACAUAUAUCAUCAGAUAUGUCCAAAUAUAUUGUAAGACGGUAUGCAGCUUCCUACAGCGGCGUUCUAGAAAUGUUUCCUGGAACCGUUAUAGUAAAGGGUUUAGAAGUAACGAAAACAUCUUGGUUUUUGCGUUCUUUACAACACAGAAAUAAAACAGUUUUUAUACCUCCUUAUCUAGAUAAAGGUGGUGCUGGUUAUAUAAUUACAAUGGCAUAUGCCACACCUAACUUCAUUUUAGCUAUGGAUCUGACGUAUGGUUAUAUGUUAAAAAUGCUUUUAAAUGUGAUGCCUUACUGUUUAACUGAAAAUAUAACGUGUUUUCUUAUAGAUGAUCAGGGAUAUAUUAUCUACCAUAAAAAAUUUACUGAUAUGAAAGAUGCUAGACCAGUAGAACAACAACAUAUUGUACAUAGGGAGUCCUUGGUAGCUAACGAUAUAUUGAAUCACAAACUAUUUAUAGAAAAAUUGUUGUGUAAUGACUACGCAGAUAAUACAAUUCAACGAUUUUAUCGACUUAACACUAGUUUUACAGGUGAGCUGGUAAAUCGUGUGCCCGGGGAACACUGUAUUACUUAUCACUUAUCCUCGAUUUCCGGCACAAAUUUAUUUGUUGGUGUAGUAAAUGCUUCUUGUGAUGUUGUUCCUGCAUUUUGCCCUUGUAGCAUAGUUGAUAGAUUGUGCUUAAAUUGCAAUCGAAUGGAACAAAGGGAAUGUGAGUGUCCAUGUGAAUGCCCUUUAACGUCGGACGUGACUUUUUGUCCUAAUAAUAACAAUAACCAGACAUUAGUGAACAACUCGCCAUGUAAAUUAAAUCAUGGUGAGGAAAGUUCCACAGAAAUGGCCUUUUUGUUGGAUACAGAUAACAAUGUUGAAUCAUGCUUUCCAGUCAAUUGCCAAAAUGAAAAGAAUCCUUUGGAUUGUUUCGGUCUUAUAGGAUGUGAAUGGUGCCUUUAUGAGAUGAAUGGCGGUUUAUUGAAAAAACCAUUUUGUUCAGAGAUCAGCAGUUGUUUCAAUGGGGUUUUUGGAAUGACAACACCUUUUAAAGCAGAAAGUCAUGAUAUCACUUCUGUAGGGCAAGCUGAUUUUUCCCCAUUAGGACCAAUAUUAGGCCUUAUUAUAGCCAUGACGAUGUUACUUAUUUUAUUAUUUAUUUGCUAUCGGUCUUAUACAAACCCUGUCGUCGUCGAUACCGUUUAUUUAUCAUCUUUCCAGGAUCAAUUACGAAUAAGCGAUUUAAACAUUAAUGAAAAUUUCCAUGAUUCAGGGAAUUACAAUGACAAACUACUAAAAGAAGAGCGUGUGGCUCCCUCUCCUUAUUGUGUAGCUGGUAAUUACAGGAGGAAUAAUACCGCAGCUGAAUCUGAUUAUGGUUAUUCGACGAUGACUCCCCACGACGAAUCGGAACAUCUCUCUUUAGCACCCAUAGAUGUUGCAGACUCAUUAGAUAAUGAAGAAUUGUCUAACAGUUCUUCUUUUCUUACUAGUGCAUCAACGGGAAAACCUAGCGCACUAGCAGGCGCCAGCUAUCAUUCUUCCGGGCUUCCUAUAUCCACUGAACUUCCGUCACAAAAACACUGUGUAGUGGUGCCUGUGACUGUACAUAGAAACUUGGAAACUACGUAACGAAUGUAUAUAAUUUAGAAAAUAGUGUGUUAAUUACGUUACAGCAAUUUGUUUUUGUUACAUCUCAGUAUUUAUCAUUAUACAUGUAGUUUGAGCUUUCUCUAUGCUAGUUUCAGAAUAAAUAUUUUAGGACCACGUAUGCUGCUACUUCUUGCCGUAAAAUAAAUUAUUAGACAUUAACUGCCAAGAAGACACUAAAUAAUUUUAAACGAAAUGUUAACUCAAUAUUUUUUUUUUAAAUACUAACUAGUGAGAGGAACAAGGCAAGGAAUAAUAAAUGCUAUGCAUUCUUAAUGCCUUUUGACAUUUUUAAGUUAUUAGUCAGUACUUAAUUUUUUUGUGGAUUAUUUUAUUACUUAAAAAGUUAACGUAUUUUUUUACCAAAUUGUUUAAUGUUAACUGAAAAUGUUACUUUUUCAAUCUACUAUUAGGAUUUUGGAAAUAAUUGGGACAUAUUUUGAGAUUUGUGUACUUAAGAAAAUAAUGUUUUAAUACUUGAAAAUCAUUGAAUAUACUUUGUCCAGCUAUGGUUCAAAAAUUAUACAUAUUAUUGAAAUAAACCAAUUUUACUAAAUUUCGAUUAUCCUAAUGAUUGUAGUACGAUCCUGCAACAUUAUUGUAAUUUUAUAUUUUUGUAACCUUCAUGUGCGUUGUAAAUUUUUAAU